ACCGCAGUGCUGUAGGCUGAGUGCGGCGACCCCCACCCCCCGCACGAAGAAGAUGAACGGGACGCGGGGCUGGUGUACCCUGGUGGACGUGCACCCGGAGGAGCAGACCGCGGGCAGCGUGGACAUUCUCAGGCUGACUCUCCAGAGUGAACUGACAGGAGAUGAACUUGAACACAUAGCCCAGAAGGCGGGCAGGAAGACCUAUGCCAUGGUGUCUGGCCACUCACCCAGUCAUUCUCUGGCCUCAGAACUGGUGGAGUCCAACGAUGGACAUGAGGAGAUCAUUAAGGUGUACCUGAAGGGGCGGUCUGGAGACAAGAUGAUCCACGAGAAGAAUAUCAACCAGCUGAAGAGUGAGGUCCAGUACAUCCAGGAGGCCAGGAGCUGUCUGCAGAAGCUGCGGGAGGAUAUAAGCAGCAAGCUCGACAGAGAUCCAGGCGAGUCUCACCACCGACAGGAGAUACAGGUGGUGCUAGAGAGGCCAAAUGGUUUUAGUCAAAGUCCCACGACGCUGUAUAGCAGCCCACCUGAGGUGGACACCUAUAUGAAUGAAGAUGCCGAGAGCUUGAGGAAGACCGUGCGGGACUUGCUGGCCAAGCUGCAGGAGGCUGAGCAGCAGCACCAGGCAGACCGUGUGGCUUUUGAGGUCACACUCAGCCGAUACCAGAGAGAAGCCGAGCAGAGUCACGUGGCCCUUCAGAGAGCAGAGGACAGAGCGGAGCAGAAAGAGGUGGAAAUCAGAGAGCUGCAGAGGCGCUUGCUCGGGAUGGAGACGGAGCAUCAGGCCUUACUGGAGAAGGUCAGGGAAGGGGAGGCGGCCCUGGAGGAGCUUCGGAGCAAGAAUGCUGACUGCCGAGCAGAACAGGAAAAGGCUGCUAACCUGGAAAAGGAAGUGGCCGGGUUGCGGGAGAAGAUCCACCACUUGGAUGACAUGCUUAAGAGCCAGCAGCGGAAAGUCCGGCAAAUGAUAGAGCAGCUCCAGAAUUCCAAAGCUGUGAUCCAGUCAAAGGACACCAGCAUCCAGGAGCUCAAGGAGAAAAUGGCCUACCUGGAAGCAGAGAAUUUAGAGAUGCACGACCGGAUGGAACACCUGAUAGAGAAGCAGGUCAGUCACGCCAACUUCAGCACCCAGACCUGGGCCAAGACCGAGAAUCUGGGCAGAGCCUCCCUUCUGUUGUAGACUGGGGUUCAGCUACCCCGGGCCCUCAGCCAGUCGGGAGAAGUGAAGAGAUGACAAGAUUUGCCUCAGCUCUAGAAGAUGGACACACAGAUGUUGGAGAGUGUCCCCGGGGAACCCAGUUCCUCGCAAAACACAGCGCAGUUCUUAGCAACAAACUGUUUUUCUACCGGUUCCACCCUCGGCUCAUGCUGACCCGGGUCUCCUUCAGCCUCGACGGGCCAGCCUGACUUUCUGGGGAGAAGGGGAUGUGCACUCAGGGUGUAGCUUUGAGCAGAAGGAUUGUGUAGGGCCACAGACAGUUACGUGUGACUUCUCUGCUUCGAAGACUCCCAAAAUGUCUUAGGGAUUCCCCUAAGAUGUGGUACGAGGUACACCUCAGUCAUCUUGACUGACUCAGAGCUGAAAAUCUGUUUUCACUGGGUUACAUCCAUCUCAGCGAGACUCUCAUUGUAUUUAUUUUGCUAAGUUAUUGGUGUUUUUGCUUAUAUCUCACAACUGGUUCUGUAACUGAGUUCUACAGCCUUCUCUUGCGAUGCUUGGAUGGGCUCGACACUGGGGAAAGUGUUCCCACUGGACUUCAUUUCAGAACGACAUUGUUAUAAAUCUUUCUCUUUCCUCUACCGGCUUCUUCCUCCUUCCCCACCACACCUGAUCGGUACCUCAGGAAGGCAAGUAUAUUCACCCUGAGGACUCAGGUCUGGAUGUAUGUUUGGGGGGAGAGGGUGAUCAGGACUCUUGGGGAGGAAUUGAAUUCUUCCCGGAUCCCCUCUACGCCUCUCUGCUUCAUGUGGGUCUGUUGUCCUGGCUCUGAACGACCCUGCCACUCUAGUGUUUUGUUUAGGGCUCCUCCUGUAGCAUCAAGAGGGAGAAAAGCCUCAGUGGUACCACAGGGCACAGAAAAAUAAAAAACAAACGUAGAUGAAGUCUUUAGGUUCUGUGUGGUUCAAGACCAGAAGCCCAAGUCUGGUGUUGCUUUUGUGUCGUUCUGGCUUUGUCUAUAUUGGUGUUGUGGUUUCUUCGUGCAGUUUCCUCAGUAGUAAAACCAGGGGUUGAGCCCUGGUUCAGUGGAUUGAGUGUCAUCCCAUGCACCAAGAGGUUGCUGGUUUGAUUCCCGGUCAGGGCAUAUGCCCGAGUGGUGGGCUCGAUCCCCAGUGCAGGAGGCAGCCGAUCAGUGCUUCUGUGUCAUCACUGUUUCUAUCAUCUCUCCCUCUCCCUUCCUCUCUCUCUAAAACAACAAUAAAAACAUUUUAAAAUAAAUAAAUAAAACAAA